AUGACAGUGCUGGAGGGCGACAAAACUGUUGUCGCCUCCGAAAUCUUAGAGUUUGAUCUUGAGCUCAUAUUAAACUAUGCAGCCACAGAGACAGACGGACAGUUGAAGACUAAGAAGCCCAAAGCGAAAUCCGAACAGAAAGAUGAGUGGUUCGCAGUUAUAGAACGCUAUGUUUCUAGCAGAUGUGUCUCACCUGUGACACUAUCUCGUGCUGCACUUUCUGGCCACUUGAAUAGAGGUAUCAAAAGCGAUCAGCCAGGGAUCUUCACGUUCUCCACAGAUACUUUUGAUAUUAAAGCUGGUACCACAAACCCUACAGUUCUUGUACUUCAGAGCCGACAAAAGAGUGUUCUAAAGAAAGGCACUUUUGUAUCAUUAAAUUUCACGGAAGAAGCCGAAAGAUCAUUGAUAUUUAAUGAGUUGAGGUUCAUCACCAACAGACUAAAGAAAUGCAAGGCUCAUUUCGAUAUUCCUAAAAUGCAGUUGGAUAUUGUUUUAGAUACGAGGACAAGAAGUGUCGAAGUGGACUUAUCAUACAAGGUGGUGCUUGAGCCGCUGUUCUACAGGUACUUCUCAUCUGAUGUAUCUUCCCAACUUAUUUCUAUUCUUCGCCCACACCUUACGCCUUAUCCGACCAAUCCUGAUCCCUUCUUCAGUAGCUAUGAGUCCAUGCCAGCUGAUGCCCAUUUAUUCUAUAAGGUAAUAACGGACAACACCAACCGGUUGCCAAAAGUGUCUGAUUCAAUGGUACAUUCACAAUUACUCACUGAGCUUCUUCCAUUUCAAAGAAAAACAGUGAAAUGGCUUUUAGAGAAGGAAAGUAUGGUAUAUGACGAUGUAACAAAAACAGCCAGGUAUCAGCCUCUACUAGAUGAGGAUCUUGUCUCUUCGCUACUUCUUUAUCCUGAGGUUGACCAUGAGCAGCUUGACAAAAGUAUAGAGCCCGUCCUCAAUAAGCUAUGUUACGGAUGGAAUAGAGCUCUUUACAAAGAAGAUAUAUGCUGGGUCAACGAGCUUACCGGCAAUAUAUUCACGCGAGAUACCGCAGUAAGUUUCCUCCUUGAGAACUACAAGGAAUUGAAUCAAGAGCCUAUUCCAGCUCGCGGGCUUCUUUCAGAAGAAAUGGGGCUUGGGAAGACAGUAGAAAUUAUAGACCUAAUAUUAUUGAAUCCCCGUCCUUCAGAUGAAGUGGGUAAGGAAAUUCGAUUGCAACUCCAAAAGGAGGGAGAUAUAAGAACGCUAGUCAAGGCGAAAACAACACUCAUUACUGCACCACAGACUAUCAUACAUCAAUGGUAUAACGAAAUAUCCCGAUUUAGCCCAGGAUUGCUGGUAACAAUCUAUCGAGGCUUGGGAAAGUACCCUGAGCUUGCCAACAUACCAAGUUAUAUUGGCGAAUACUUGAGGCGGUUUGACAUUGUGUUGUUGAAUUAUGCAAAUAUGUCUAGUGAAGCUGACUAUGCGAAUUACACAUCGAGGCACAUGACCACUCGAGGAGGCAAGAAGAGGACCAAGAAUGAAGUCAGUGUUGAAGAUGAAGGUCAAACGAGGUCGACUGUAAUCGCUGAUUCCUUCAAAGCUGAAUUUGAAUUUUUUGACAACUCGCAAACGCAGGCUGACUUCGUAUUAAAUCAAAAAAGAUACGAGAAAGCGGUACUAGAGGAAAUGGCUGCAAAAGUCCGGAGGCAGGACUUGAGCAAAAUACCACACACUGCCUACUAUGAAUCUCCCCUCAUGCUGUCACAAUGGUGGCGCGUUAUAAUGGAUGAGGUUCAAAUGGUGUCAUCAGUAGCCUCGAAUGCCUUCAAUACCGCUUCUCUCAUUCCUCGCUUUCAUUCGUGGGGCGUUUCAGGAACUCCAGCAAGACUGGUUGCUGUCUUACAGUUCUUACGAUUUCCUCCAUUCAACUACGAUAUAUCAAAAUAUUGCUGGAAGAAAGUGACUCAAUAUCCUGAAAGUAACGUUGACUUCGUAAAGGUGUGGCUGACUUUAGCGCUACGUCAUACCAAAGCGAUGGUAGACGACGACAUCAAGCUUCCACCACAGAGGAGAAUCUUGCUCACGGUGCCAUUUACUAAAGUCGAGCAAGACAAGUAUAACCAGAUGUUCGAGUCAUGCUUGGCAUCAAUCGGAAUUCACCUAGACAAAGACCAGAAGCCAAGUCGGAUAGAGUUCUCCCAAUCUGACUGCGUACAUUUAAGGUCAUGGCUUGUGAAGUUGAGACAGCUCUGUGGUAAUCUACAGAUUGGUAAUCUUCCCAACUUUAAGGGCAGAAAAGGUAAGCUUUUGCUUCAGGGAUUGCCCGAGAUGAAGACGUUGCAAAGUGUUCUUGACGACAUGAUGAACUCCGUGCUUUCUGAAAUAAAUGAAGGAGAAAGAGCGGUAGUUAGUCGGCUACUAGACAUUGCACAACUACUAGAGUUCGUUUUGCUUCCCGAGAAAGUGAUUGAGAUUUUAGAUGGUGCAUUGGAAGAAACUCUGCGAUUAAUGUUCCGUAUUGAUGGCCGUUUGCUGAAAGAGGUUGCUAAACUAAAUGGACUUCGAUCGUUCCUCAAGAAGCGUGAUCUUCUCUCCAAGAAGCAACUUGCAACGGGCUCCGACUCCGAAGAUGAAGAUUCGUAUGACGAUCAGGAAGAGGUUGCAAAGAAAGUAAAGGAGGAGGAUAAAUCAGAAUCCACAGAAACAGAGGUAAAUGAAGCCAUGGGGAAAUUCAACAGUUUGAAAGAGAGCACAAGUGCUGAUCGGAUCAAACUUAGGUCCCUAAAAUUACUUCAACACAAAUGUUAUUUCUUGCUUGCAUCAGCACACUUCCAGCUAUAUGACGAGGAAUACCAAAAAAAAAUUGCAGAGAAAAAAGUCGAGUUUGACACAUUGAGCACCUUGGAGAGCAACAUUAUUGGAACAAAGAUUUUGAACACUGACGAGAUCUACAGCUUGCAGCAUGUCAGUGGAGCUGAUGAUGAUGUGCGUUUUCAAAGCCCUAAUUACUUGAGAGACUUCAAACCCUUAGAAACACUAAGUCUUGAGGAACAAAAAAUCGAACAGCACAGGUACCUUGAACUGAAAUAUUAUGAACUAGCUGAGCAAUGCAGAAAAGAUAUCUUGAGACAUUCGAUUAAAGAUGUUCACAAUGUUACUAAUAAAAGAAUUCUUAAUAAACCGUCAAUGGAUAAAACCAAAUUUGUGAAUGACGGUCAGUCAAUCUUUCCCAAAACUUCGAGAAAACUCAUUAAGGGCCUACCUAAGAUUGAUAUCAAUGAGUUACGUCAGUUAGUCGGAACAGCCAAAGUUAAGCAAACCAUGUUUCAAUUUGAGAAUCUUAUUGUCGAGCUUAACAAACAGGCUUCAGUUAUCUCAGACUUUGUUGAGCAGCUUGUUCAGGUGUUGUGUAACCCUCUUCUAUCCGACGAAAAAAGUCCUGAUGGAGAAGAGUAUGAGAAAUCAUUGGAAGAUCAAGAUAGAGCUAGCUGUCUCUUGGUUGUCAUUUCUCAGCUUUUGAUGGAUCGUUCUAAUGCUAUACUCGAACGUAAGACCCGCUCCACCGAAGUCUUGAAAAAGCAAGAGAAAGACCUACGAGAGGAAAGCAGACGUGUCACUGAUAAGGCAUUUCUUAAGGUGCUUCAGAAGAAUCGUGCAGAAUGUAAGCCAAAAUCCGACUUAUCCUUUGAGGAGCUUCUACAAGACGUGAGACUCCUCGAACAUGAAUACAAAACCACGAACAAUAUGCAAGAAGAGUCAUUUCAUGAAGUUGCUGAAAUCUUAAGGACGAUUUUUGAUAAUGAAAAAAACUGUGAAGAACUAUUGCAAAAAGAGAUGAGCACAUGUUAUAAUGCGGUCUUUAAUGCGAGAGUGGAGUACUUCAAACAGCUACAACAAAUUUCUGAUAGUGUCCAAGGAAAGACGUAUUGUACGGAACAGGAUAACCUUCAGGCUCCUAAAAUCAAUUCAGAAGUGGCCUCCCAUUUGAUGCUUUUCACUGCUGCUCAAAGAAAACUCACGAGAGCAGUCUCGAGAUUUCGUUAUCUUUCAACGUUGAUCCCUCAGGAGCAACAAUCAUUAAAAUCAGAGGAGAAAGACUCAUAUGAAAAUGAUUGCAUAAUUUGCCAAUCACAGAUAAUUGUCGGCUCAUUGACACCUUGCGGUCACAAAUUUUGCAAGGCGUGUUUAGAGGAGUGGUUGAAAACACGCUCUAAUUGUCCUGUUUGCAAGUCAUACACCAUAAGAGACACUGUUCAUCACUUUACGCAUUACGAAUCAGACCUUAAAGCUCAAGCUGUUGAAAACGGUACACACGUUCCGGUUCAUCCUAAGGACUCUCCUGAUACCUCUGCCGUUCAUCAGGUUUACAGGCAGCUAGAUGAUGAAACACUCACAAAAAUCUCAAACAUGAAGCUCGAAAACUCUUACGGCUCUAAAGUUGAUCUUAUAGUAAAGCAGGUUCUAUACUUAAGGAGUCAAGAUCCGGACACGCAGAUUGUGGUUUUCAGUCAGUGGCAGGACCUUUUGGUUAUUCUCGCAUUUGCAUUUGAUAUGGCAGGCAUAACUUACGUGUCAGCCAAAGGUUCGCAUGUUGCCCAGUACAAAAGCAGAAAAGAGGAUCCUGUCGAAGAGUUCAAAAGAAAAGAUGAUAUCAAAACUUGUUUUUUGUUGAACGCUCAAGCACAAGCGAGUGGUCUUACUCUUAUCAAUGCGACUCACAUCUUCUUGUGUGAACCUUUGGUGAACACCCCGGUUGAACUUCAGGCUAUUUCACGUAUUCAUCGUAUUGGACAGACAAAGAUUACAACAGUAUGGAUGUUUGGAAUUGAAAACUCAGUCGAGGAGAAUAUCGUGGCGUUGGGCACCAGAAAUAGAUUAGAAUAUCUCAAAGCCAAUGCUAGGGAAGUACAAAAGCACAAGAGGAAGAGAAGGAAGAUUGAAAAUAGUGAGAGCAGAACUGAUUUGGACCGUGAUGCCGAGGGUCCCUUGGCCGAUGAUGCCCUAAAAACUGCCGAAUCAUAUGCGUUGUCACUCGGUUUGACGUCUGAAAAGAGUACAGGAAGAGUUUUCUCUGGAAUUAGCGAGUCUGUGAGUGACAUGGAUUUACCACAAGUCUACUUUGGUAAUUUUGCGACAACAAAGUUAGCUGAUCAUUCCCAUUCACAUUAA